AAAAAAAAAAAAAAGUAGUAAAAGUUAUUAGAACAAAUAGAGCACAGCCUGUAGGGGUGUAUCAAAUUAAAAGCAGCACAUACUGUAAGUGGUAGCUCUCUGUUUUUAUGUACAGUAUCCCUAAUGUACUAUCCAGCACAAGAUUUGUUCGAAAGUGCAACACUGUCCCAUUCACGGCCCCAUUCAAAAUGUUAGAAAAUAUUAAAAGUGGUAAGUACACUUUUAAAUACCCUUCAGCCAGUGUAAAUUGGCAGAAGAUGCUGUGGUCAAACUCACACCAAAUGGCCUGGUUAACAGGCUGAGGUAUGGACUGCCAUAUACUUGAUGUUCCACUUUCUAUUGUGAAAACAUUUAUUAAAUUUAAGUAAUCAAUUAUGUGGUUAUUGGAAAUUUUGCCACAGUCUUUUUUUCCCCACAAACGGCCAGUUUGAUUGAUAGAAGAUGUCCAGCGACAAAAAUAUCAAAAAGAGACAAAAAGAGUUUUUUUCUUUUUUGUUUUUUUUUCCCCCAGCCUGCCCAUUUAAGGAACAACAUAUUUUUAUGGUGCAAUGCGGAGUUUUGUUCUUUUUAACAAACCUCCACUGUUGUGACAUUAACGGUGUCUGAGAAGAGAACAGUUUUUGUAAGACUGUAAUACUGUAUUAUCAAGUCUUUGGAGAAAACGCUCUGUCUAGAGGGUAUGUGUGUUUUUUCACUUUCACUUGAAAAAUGUUGUAUGUCCUAUAUUUUUGAAAAUCUGCACUCUUAAGUUCUUCAAAAAAUAAUGACCGAUGGUCUAUUACAGGACUUUUUCUUGUUGUAUAUCAGUGUUUUACAAUGUCUCAUGUCUACACUUGUUAUUUGCUGCUGCCCCUUUAUGAAAGAGGGGAAAAUGGGCUGUGACUGUUAAGAUGGGAUGAAAACUGAACUUUGAGCAGCAGGACACCGAAAGUAACAGCCGAAUGAAAAAUGCAUCCUAAUUGACAGUAAUUGGAGGAUAUUCAACUGGAGAAUAUUCCUGUUCUCUCACUUCAGUUACAGUGCAAAUACAAAUAUUUAAAAUGAAGAGUGAAAAGAGUGUUUGCAGCGUUAAUUGGGAGAUCCAGCUCCUAAUUUGAGAUACGACUGCUGAAUCCCUACGUUAAAGCUCUAGUUCUGUUGGUGACCCCUAGAUCCUGACCUUCCACCGGAUGAAGGUAAAGACAAGAAUAAAUCGGCUAUCUCAUUAUUUUUAUUUUAGGUUUCUUAAAGUGACUGAUGCUGGCUAUUGGUCCCCAGAGUCCACUGUAGGACUUUGACCAUGUAUGAAUUCCUGUUGAGUCAUGAUGACUUCGCUUAAGGAGACGCUGUGGGUAACUCUGGAGGAUUUGAGGGAGGAGGAAUUCAAGCAGGCGAAAUGGCUCCUCCAGCAGGUGGACAUCAUGCACACAAUCAUCCCACAUCUUGAAGCCUGCCCAGCUAUCCCCGUGACCAAGCUGGAGAGGGCAGACAGGCAAGACACCGUUGCUCAAAUGGUGCAGAUCUAUGGCCCUCCUGGAGCCCUGGAGGUGACCAGGAAGGUUUUAAUGAAGAUCAACAGAAACGACCUCUUGCAGCGAUUACCGAACACCAUCCUGGCAUCAGAAGCAGAGGUUAGUGAUGCGGGGACUAGUUCAGAAAACAGACACGCUUCUUCGCAGGCUACGCCUCCUCACCUUGUCACAACAAACAGUCAGAUUGGGGAUUUGAUGGUGCCAGUACCAAAGCCUCUACAAUCAAUCACAUCAUACCAACAAAUUCUCCAGUCUAAUCUUCAGAACCGGUUUAUGUGUAUACAAGAAGGACUGUUAGAUAUGGAGGACAAAAAACUUCUGGGUGAUAUCUAUACAGAGCUCUACAUCACAGAUGGAGGCGACAUGCAAAUUAACAGGCAACAUGAGGUCAGGCAGAUCGAGAUGGCCUCAAGAAAGCCGGCUAGAACAGCAAUACCAGUCAAACCAAGCGAUCUCUUCAAACACCCCUCUGGGAAAUACAGACCCAUAAGGACAGUGUUGACCAAUGGGAUUGCAGGAAUUGGGAAAACAUUCCUUGUGCACAAGGUCGUCCUCGACUGGGCUGAAGGAAGGUCCAAUCAGGAUGUGCAUCUCAUAUUCCCCUUCACCUUCCGCCAGCUGAAUUUACUGAAGGGAAAAAGGUUUCAUCUUGCCAAACUCAUUCACAAAUGUAUCAGGGAAACCAAAGACAUCAGUGAGGAGGCUCUUAGUUACAUUUUCACAGUGUUACAGAUGUCAGGAAACACCAACUACGACAAGAGUAAAUUUAAACUUCUGUUUGUGAUGGAUGGACUAGACGAGAACCGUCUUCAACUAGACUUCACUGCUAAACACAGAAAGACAAUUGAUGUGACAAAGUCAACUAGGAUAGAAGAACUACUGAUGAACCUAAUUAAGGGGACUCUGCUUCCCUCUUCGCGUCUCUGGAUAACCACACGACCUGCAGCAGCCAAUCAGAUCUCUGUGGAGUUUGUUGACAUAGUAUCCGAGGUGAGAGGGUUCACUGACCCACAAAAGGAGGAGUAUUUCACCAGGAGAUUCAGUCAUGAUGAGCAUGCUGGCAGAAUCAUCUCCCACAUCAAGGCGUCACGAAGCCUCCACAUCAUGUGCCACAUCCCAGUCUUCUGCUGGAUCACUGCUACAGUUCUGGAGGAUGUGUUGAAAACCAGUAAGAGAGUAGAGCUGCCCAAGACCCUGACUGAGAUGUACACAGAAUUCCUGGCUUUUCAGAUGAGACAGACAAAAGAGAAGUAUGGCACAAAAAAGAGCAUCCACUACAUUCAGUCACUUGCAAAACUGGCUUUCUACCAGCUGGAGAAAGGAAACAUAAUCUUCUAUGAGGUAGACCUAAAAAAUAGUGGAAUUGAUUUCAAUGAAGCUUCUGUGUACUCCGGAGUGUUCACACAGAUCUUUAAAAAGGAGUGCUGGAGGAAGAAGGACAAGGACAAGGGCAGAAUGUUCAGUUUUGUACAUCUGAGCAUUCAGGAGUUUCUGGCCGCUUUUUAUGUGGAGCUGUCGCUCAUUAACAGCAGAAAGAAUGUGAUGGCUAAAUCCCAACCAACUUCCAAAAGUCUGGGGAGGCUUUUCUGCAAAUCCUCUGCAACAGAGGUCCAUAGGAUUGCUAUUGACAAGGCCUUAGAGAGUCCAGAGGGACACCUGGACUUGUUUCUCCGUUUCCUAUUGGGCCUCUCAUUGCAGACUAAUAAAGAUCUUCUGGCAGACCUAUUUAAACAGAAAAGAAUGGGCUCACACAGCAAUCAGGAGACAGUUCAGUACAUCAAAAAGAAGAUCAAGGAGAAUCCAUCUCCAGAGAGAAGCAUCAACCUGUUUCACUGUCUGAAUGAGCUAAAUGACCACUCUCUAGUGGAGGAGAUUGAAGAGUACUUGAAAUCCGGAAGUAUCGCUAAAACAUGUCUCUCUCCUGCUCAGUGGUCAGCUCUGGUCUUCAUCUUACUGUCAUCAGAAAAAGAGCAUGAUGUGUUUGACCUGAAGAAAUACUCUGCCUCAGAGGAGGGUCUUCUGAGGCUGCUGCCAGUAUUUCAAGCCUCCGUUACAUACCUGCUGAGUGGCUGUGAUCUGUCAGAGAGAAGCUUUAAAGCUCUGGUGUCAGUUCUCACCUCUGAACAAUCUAAUCUGAGAGAGCUGGACCUGAGUAGCAACAACCCCGAUGAUUCAGGAGUGACACUGCUCUCUGCUGGAUUGGAGAAUCCACACUGUAGACUGGAAUCGCUCAGGUUGAGUGACUGUAACCUCUCAGAAAGGAGCUGUGAAGAUCUGUCCUCAGUUCUCAGCUCCGGGUCCUCUAAUCUGCGAAAACUGGACCUGAGUAACAACAACUUGCAGGAUUCAGGUGUGAAGCUGCUCUGUGCUGGACUCGAGAGUCUGCACUGUACACUGGAAUCUCUAAGGCUGAAUUUGUGCAAGCUGUCAUGGAUGAGCUGUGAAGCACUGGCCUCAGUUCUCAGCUCUCAGACAUCUUGUGUGAAACAGCUGGACCUGGGUAACAAUGACCUGCAGGACUCAGGAGUAAAGCUGCUCUCUGCUGGCCUGGAGAGUCCACAAUGUACACUGGAAACACUCAGCUUGUCAGGUUGCCAGGUCACAGAGGAAGGCUGUGCUUCUCUGGCCUCAGCUCUGAGCUCCAACCCCUCCCAUCUGAGGGAGCUGGACCUGAGCUACAAUCAUCCAGGAGACUCAGGAGUGAAGCUGCUGUCUGCUGGACUGGAGGAUCCACUGUGGAGACUGGACACUCUCAGGGUUGCCCCUGGUGGAAUGCGUUGGUUGAGAUCUGGUCUGAAGAAGUAUGCCUGUGAACUCACACUGGAUCCAAACACGGCACACAGAGACCUCAUCCUGUUUGAGGAGAACAGAAAAGUGACACGGGGGAGGGAGGAGCAGCCAUAUCCAAAUCACCCUGAGAGAUUUUUGGGCUGGUUUCAGUUGCUGUGCAGAAAGGGUCUAACCGGUCGCUGUUACUGGGAAGUGGAGUGGGAUGGACGGAUUUGGGUUGCAGUGACUUACAGAGGAAUCAGCAGGAGUGGAGAAGAUGUUUACUGCUGUCUUGGGUGGAAUGAAAAAUCCUGGUGUCUGGAGUGCACUGACGAUGGGUACUAUACCUGGCAUAAUAAAACCGUAACAGACAUAUGGGUCCACCCCCUUGAUACUACCAGAGUAGCAGUGUAUCUGGACUGGCCUUCUGGCACUCUGUCCUUCUACAGAGUCUCCUCUGACACACUGACUCACCUCCACACCUUCUACGCCAAAUUCACUGAACCCCUCUACCCUGGGUUCUGGAUUGGGUUAAACUGCUCCAUGACUCUGUGUCCGAUGGAGGAGGAAGAGCCGUCUCCUGUGUGAAGAAGCAUACUGCUGACUGAAGACAGCUGCUGAAAGGAAUAGUUGUGGUAUAACGUACUUCUAAAAAAUGCACUUAUUUUCUUUCUUGCCAAGAGUUAGAUGAGAAGAUAGAUACCACACUCAUGUCUGUAUGCUAAAUAUAAGGCUAUGACUAGCAGCCAGUUAGCUUAGCUUAGCACAAAGACUGGAAACAGCUUUGCUGGCUAUGUGUGUUUCGGGGUUAUGUGUCGGACUACCUUAUUGGCCUGAAUAUAAAACACCCCUCAUAAUAAGACGACCCCUCUUCCUUUUCAAAGAUAGGAAACAUACAACAUAUUAUUCCAAGAAGGGGAUCCUUGAAGCCUUUUAUUUCCUCCAAAACAUGUUACACAAGUUAGAAAUUCAAAGGUUACAAUUAGUUAUCUAAACGCUUUAAGGGCUGACUACCCCUAACAGACUAUACUAUACUAUACUAAUAUACCAUAAACACUUGUUAGCUUGACAGCAUUAAAGCUACAAAACAUCCCAUGAUGCAACACUCUCUAUAGGAGCCAUUACUAUUGCCAUUCAAAAAUAAUAUCUGCUGUUGCGAAUAUGUAAAUUUCUGGUCCUGGCUGGAAUCAAACUGGACACGCUGUAGGUAGACUUUAUUUAAAAGUUAUUCAUUUGAGGGCAUAAAUGUGCAUGAAAUAAAAAAACAUUGCAAACACAAUUCUGCUAGCAAAUUAUUCUUAAUAAACUGUACAAUAAGUCUCAGUUUCACUAACUUUUUCUUGUGUUUUUUGACUCAGUAAAGUUAAAAGAUAGGUUCAUAUUUUUUCAAGUCUAUCUUAAGACAGUACUCACAUGACCGUAUGUACAUUAAAGAAUUAUUGGUCACUGUAAUCAUUCCCUCUGUCCACACUGGCUACCAUAAGAUCCCUCAUGCAAUUCCAAUGUAAUCCCCAGUUCUCGUUCUGCGCAAAAAAAAAUUCCUUCUCAGGUUCAACUGAAGUUAAUAUGAGGCUUUAGCAGUCUCCGACAAAUCAAGCGUGUAUCCUCUGAAGUUA